CCCACACCCACUUUCUCACAUACACUGCAUACACAGCAGAGCACCUGCUUUAUAGCCACUCUGUGUGUGUGUGUGUGCAUCUGUUCGUCACUCCACGAUGCAUUCCUGUGGCUGGUUGAUGUCUCUGUCUCUGAUAGCACUGGCAGGAAACACAGUUGCUGCUGCUGCGUACAGGCGAACUGAGAGGAACUGCUCUCUGUCCCCUCCGUACCUGCCAAGCACAGCAGUAAAUACAACGCUCCAGCUGCAGGAGUUACGAGAGCAAAUGCUUCACAGGAAUAUAUCUGCAUACAUUAUCCCUGGCACUGACGCUCACCUGAGUGAGUAUAUUGCACCACGUGAUGCCAGAAUGGCCUUCAUGACUGGUUUUACAGGCUCCGCAGGCACUGCUGUAGUCACUCAGACCAAGGCCACUCUGUGGACAGACAGUCGCUACUGGGUUCAAGCUGAGAGACAGAUGGACUGCAACUGGGAGCUGAAAGAAGACGUGUCCAUCAUCAGUUUGGCAGCGUGGCUCAUCUCUGAGGUCCCGUCAGGCGGCCACAUUGGCUUUGAUCCCUUCCUCUUCUCGCUCAAAACACAGGAGGACUACGUCCUCAAUCUGGACUCAAGCAAUCGCAGUCUCAAGUCCAUUCCUGAAAACCUGGUCGACAAAGUGUGGAAUGACAAACCGUCUAUAGGCCCUGAAAACCUCACCCGCCUCCCAGACAGAGUCAUACAAAGGUCCUGGCAAAUCAAAGUGGAGCAAAUACGGAAUCAGAUGAGGGACAAUCCGUACCAGCCCACAGCUCUUCUGCUGUCAGCGUUGGAUGAAACAGCCUGGCUCUUUAAUCUCCGCGGCAGUGACAUCCCAUAUAACCCCUUCUUCUACUCCUACACACUGCUCACAAUGGAUAAAAUAUGGCUCUUUCUCCACAUGAACAGAGUGACGGAGGAGUUGAAGAAGUACCUGAACACCUCCUGUGAAGAGUCCUUGUGUGUGCAGCUGGAAAGCUACGAAUCUGUUCGAAAGCAUUUAGAGGAGUAUGUGGCCCAGCCCGGAGUUAAAGUAUGGAUUGGCACAGAAUAUACAAACUAUGCACUUUACGAGAUCAUUACACCACAGGACAAACUAAUGACAACCUCCUACUCCCCUGUGUUAACAACUAAAGCCAUCAAAGAUGACACCGAGCAGCGAAUCCUGAGGGACGCUCACGUGAGAGACGCAGUCGCAGUGAUCCAGCUGCUGAUGUGGCUGGAGAAGGCUGUGCCUGAAGGAAAGGAGACCGAGCUGACUGCUUCAGAAUACGUCAACAUGUGUCGCAGCAAACAGAGCGAUAGCAGAGGCCCAAGCUUUGAAAGUAUCUCUGCUAGUGGACCUAACGCUGCUCUUGCUCAUUACAGCCCAACAAAUGUAACCAGCAGGAGGUUGACACCUGAUGAGAUGUAUCUGAUCGACUCCGGUGGCCAGUAUCUAGACGGGACCACUGACAUCACUCGCACAGUUCACUGGGGAACCCCUACAGCAAUGCAGAAGGAGGCAUUCACUCGAGUGCUCAUGGGAAACAUUGAGAUCUCUCGAACCGUAUUUCCCUCAGGGACCCGAGGUGUAAACAUUGAGAUGCUGGGCCGCCGUGCAUUAUGGGAGGUCGGCCUGAACUAUGGCCACGGCACAGGUCAUGGUGUCGGAAACUACUUUGGAGUUCACGAGUGGCCAGUUGGCUUCCAGAGCAACAACAUUCCCUUCAGAGAAGGCAUGUUCACAUCUAUAGAACCUGGAUAUUACAAGGAGAAUGACUUUGGGAUCCGGAUUGAAGACGUUGCUGUGGUCGUACCUGUCCAAACUAAGUUUGGUCACAAUUUUCUGACCUUUGAAACAGUGUCACUGGUUCCUUACGACAGGAAGCUGAUUGACACUUCUCUCCUCAGCUCAGAACAGCUUCAGUGGCUAAAUAAAUACUAUGAGACCAUCCGGGGGUUGUUGGGCCCUGAACUGGACAAACAGGGACUACGUGAGGAGAAGGACUGGAUGCUCAGAAACACUGAGCCUUUCCUUUCUCCAGGAUCCUCUGCGUCCGUCUGCUCGUCCUCACUGACCCUCCUCGCUCUGGCCAUCGCUUUCCUCCACAACAUCAUCUGAGCGUCGCCGUGUCUUUGCACUCAGUCCAUCCACAGAGGACUUGCACUCAGAUGUUUCCUCCUAUGCAGUCUCUUUUUUUUUAGCAGCCAGGUUGAGAGAUGCACUGCAAUUUAGCAUU